AUGCCGUCCCGACCCACACGACUGUCUGAUAAAGCCGCGCUCCCUUUCCGAACAUCGAACAAGCAAAAGCGGCAGGAGCUGCAUAUUAAGCAGAAACGCGCAAGGGAUGCAUUGAAAAGAGCAGAGCGGUUUGGGCGGAAAAAGGAGGAGGCAAAGAACCCGAAACUACGAGAAGAGCGGUUACGCCGCAAUGUUCCAGUGACCUUGGACAGGAAACGAGUAUACGACGAUGUUACAGAUGAGCCAGACGAUGGCGGCUUGGGAGUGGCUUACGAUGUGGAGAGGAUGAAGAGACGGAAAUUAGCUGAGGAGCAGCAGCUUGAAUUUUUGGGAGAAGAAGGAGCCGAUCACCCAGAUGGGGCCGAGAAUGACAGAGACAUCGACGACGAUGACAACGACUCAAUGUUGGACGAGAGUGACAGUGACGAGGACGAAGAAGACCUCGAGCCAGACGAACUGGAUGAUAGGGGGCACAACCCUUUGCCCUCGAAAUCACAGAUCCUCCGCUCUUCCAGAAUAGAACAAACACAAGCACAGGACCGCGAAGCCUCUCCUACCCGCUCCACCGCCUCGACGAAUCUAUCUCUCGCGCCAGCAGCCCUCAUCGCGAAAUUUCCAACGCUGUUCUUGCCUCCGGACGCUCCUCCACCGCCUCCGCCCAAGAUCCUUAUCACAACGUCAAUAAACUCGACACUACACGACGAAGCAGCGAUCCUGACAUCCCUUUUCCCCAAUUCCAAAUACAUCCGCCGCUCCUCCCACCGCCACGGAUACAAAUUCUCCGUCCGAGAAAUCUCCUCUUUUGCGCAUAACCAUGGUUAUACCGCAGUGAUCGUACUAGAAGAGGACCAGAAGAGACCGUCUGGGAUGACAAUCGUCCAUUUGCCCGUGGGGCCGACGUUUCACUUUUCAAUUUCCAACUGGUAUACCGGCAAAGCGAUCCCCGGCCACGGCCGCGCCACGGGCCACAUGCCGGAACUCAUAUUGAACAACUUCACUACUCCUCUGGGACUGCUGACUGCACAUCUCUUCCGGUCUCUGUUCCCGGCGACGCCCGAGUUGCAGGGCCGCCAGGUCCUAACUCUGCACAACCAGCGCGACUACAUAUUUGUCCGGCGCCACCGCUACAUUUUCCGCGAGAAGCGUGAAACUGAAAAGUCCGUGGUCGGCCCCGACGGCAGGGAGGUCAAGGGUGUAGAGGGCAUCCGGGCCGGCUUGCAGGAGCUCGGGCCGCGCAUGACUUUGAAACUGAGACGUGUUGACAGAGGCAUUCAACGACGCAGCGGGCAGGACUGGGAGUGGAAGGCCAAGAUGGAGAAGACAAGGACCAAAUUCCAGCUUUGA